GUCCGUUCGACAACGACGACGACAUCGUUGAGCUUCUCGAAGCCAACUCUCCACCAUGGCGACGACUUCACGGGCCGCCCGUACCCUGGCCCUCGCCGCCGCCGCGCUUGUCGUGCCUUCUGUCCACGCAGCCGGCGGCACGGCCACCAACGGCACCACCGCCCCUCCCCAGGCCGGCAUCUUCGAGGGCAUCAAGCCCAAUGCCUUCUCAACCUCGCAGCCCAUCACGCUCUUCAUCAUCCAGGCCGUCAUCAUCAUCGUCUUCUGCCGCAUCCUCCACUAUCCCCUCUCCUACAUCAAGCAGCCCCGCGUCAUCGCAGAGGUUGUCGGCGGCAUCAUGCUCGGCCCUUCCGUCCUCAUGCGCAUCCCCGGCUUCCGCCAGGAAAUCUUCCCAACCGAGUCCAUCGUCGUCCUCAACAAUGUGGCAAACCUCGGCCUCCUCCUCUUCCUCUUCCUCAUCGGCCUCGAGGUCGACAUCCGCAUGUUCACCAGCAACUGGCGUGUCGCUGCCAGCGUCGGCGCCGCCAGCAUGGCCCUCCCCUUUGCCCUCGGGUACGGCAUCGCUGUCGGUCUCUACAACAACUUCCACGACCAGACACAGUCAAACAUCAGCUUUGCCGUCUUUGGCCUCUUCAUCGGUACCGCCCUUGCCAUCACUGCCUUCCCCGUCCUCUGCCGCAUCCUCACCGAGCUCGACAUGCUCAGCACCCCGGUAGGCGUCACUGUCCUGGCUGCUGGUGUUGGCAAUGACGUCGUCGGCUGGGUUCUCUUGGCUCUCUGUGUCGCCCUCGUCAACAACGGGUCCGGCAUUGCUGCUCUCUGGGUCCUUUUGGUCGCGACUGGGUGGGCGCUGUUUCUUGUCUAUGCCGUUCGUCCCGCCUUCCACUGGCUCUUGCGCAGGAAGGGUGCGAUCCAGAAUGGACCAAAUGAGUCCAUGAUUGUGGUCACCCUCCUCCUCGUCCUCAUCUCGGCAUGGUUCACAAGCAUCAUCGGCGUUCACGCCAUUUUUGGCGCGUUUCUGGUUGGUCUCAUUUGCCCACAUGAGGGAGGUUUCACCAUCAAGGUCACAGAACGCAUGGAAGAUCUCAUCUCCGCGCUUUUCUUGCCGCUAUAUUUUGCGCUUUCGGGCCUCAACACCAACUUGGGUCUUCUGAAUGACGGGCUCACCUGGGCGUACGUCGUUGCCGUCAUUGCCGUCGCUUUUGCUGGCAAGAUCAUUGGCGGCACCCUCGCUGCUCGGGCCAUGAACCUUGUCUGGAGAGAAAGCUUCUCUAUUGGAUGUCUGAUGAGUUGCAAGGGCUUGGUCGAACUCAUCGUUCUGAACAUUGGCUUCCAAGCCAACAUCCUGGACCAAAAGACCUUCACCAUGUUCGUUGUUAUGGCGCUUGUCACAACCUUCACGACAACGCCACUUACACAGUGGCUCUACCCUCCCUGGUAUCGCAAGAAGCUCGAGGCAUGGAAGCGUGGCGAAAUUGACUGGGACGGCAAUCCUAUCGUCCACGAUGAUACUAGCUUCUCCGAGUCGGCUCAGAAGCUGCACAAGACCAAAAUGCAGCGUAUCCUUGUGUACCUGCGCCUCGACAGCCUUCCCAGCACAUUUACCUUUCUGUCGAUUCUGGGUGUGGAGGAAGUCCCUCUCGCGGCGACUGAGCACGACGCUCAUGCUAGCGAUGGCGUGAACACGGUGGUGCCCAGAGCGCGGCCCCUCGAAGUCCACGCGCUGCGCAUUCUCGAACUCACAGACCGCACAUCAUCCGUCAUGAAGGUCACCAAGGCCGAAGACUAUGCCAAGCGAGACCCCGUCAUCAACGCCUUCCGCACCUUCUCCCGACUGCACGACCUGGCAUUUUCCGGCAACGUCGUGGUCACACCGGAGAGCUUGUAUGCCGAUACUGUCGUCACGCAUGCUACAAGCCAGGAGUCGGAUUUUGUCCUUGUGCCGUGGAGCCAAGUUGGUAGCAACACGGAAGACCAGUCGGUCCCAUUCCGCGUGUCUUCGGAAGGUCGGUACGAUCCUGGCUCUCACCUGGAUUUUAUCCAGUCCGUAUUUGCCAAGGCCGUCUGUACCACCGGAAUCUUCAUUAGCAACGACUCCAGCAACACUGCUGCCACCGAGCGCCCAGGUCUGACCCGUUCAAAGAGUAUCGUCUCGCUGCGCAGCAACCGGGAAGUCGCGGUCCUGCCGAACGUCGACAAGUCUCACCACAUAUUUUUCCCGUACAUUGGCGGUGACGACGACAGGGCCGCCUUGCGUUUCGUGCUUCAGAUCGCCAAGAACCCUCUCAUCCAAGCCACCAUCGUCCACCUCACCCUGUCCGAUGCAGGCACCGACGACAUCUCGCCGGCACCGCCCGCUGCCGCGGCGGACGGCACCAUGUCCAAAGAGCCCACCGUGGUCGAUAGCCUCGCAGAAGAUGCCACGCUUUUCAGCACCCUGCAGGCGUCGCUGCCCAACGAGCUCGCCGCACGCGUCAAGUUUGCCGAGCAGAGUGUCUCGAGCAAGACCGCGGCCCAGGCAGCCGUCAAGGCCGCCAGCGAGGUUGUCGGCCAGAACCCGCGCAACGCGGGAGACAUUGUCGUCGUCGCACGUCGGCACCAGGUGCUGCAGCACCACCAGCGGUCCGCCGCAGCGGCCGAGGGCAGCAGCAGCAACCCCGUGCAAGACGGCAUGCAAAAGACGGUCGGCGUGCUGGGACAGCAGCUCGUCUUUGGUAACCUCACAGCCAGUGUGCUGGUCAUCCAGGCUGCUGAGCACGGAGCUUAGGAAGCUCGUCCUCAUCCCGCGCCCCGCCUUUGGCUUCGGCCUCAUGCUCACGACGACUCUGGAGGAUGCAUCUUGCCUGGCUCUGGCCUUCGGCUUUGUAUUUUUUUUUCCCUUAUAGGCGUGUCGUCGUUGGGCUUUGACUAUUCUGCGUGACCAUCUCGCUGGCUUCUUUUUACCGCCCAAAUACCACUUUCGCGCGAGCGUGUACUUGUUGUUUGCCGGCGUUUUCUUGCUUGAAUGCAUGGACUGGAUAUAUAUAGUCUUCUUGGGAAUCUUGAGAGCCAUCCUGAACCAAUCAUCAUGAAACAUAUUGAGCCCGGAAUGAGUUAC